AUGACCACUGGACCGUUACUUAUUCAUCAAGUUACUUCUGGAGUAUCUGUUGAUAGUAUCUAUUAUCGUGAUGAAUGUGUAAAACCAUUGAUCAAAAAGUUAUUGAAGAAAAGACCAUCAUCGGGAACAAACGAUAUCAAGUUCCAUCAUGACAGUCCAAAAGAUAUUGUUGUCAAUUAUCUUCACAAAGAAAAAAUCAAAAUUAUGGCUUAUCCACCAUACUCAUUCGAUCUUGCUCCUUGUUUGGAGGUAGUUAACCUAAUCUCAUAUCAAUAGUUGUCAUCUUUCAAUAUACAUAUUCUUAUCGUCACUCAAUGGUUAUUUUUCCUUUCUGUUCUUCUCAUAUAUGUAUUCACUCUUCUGCUUUUUAUGAUAUAUAUUUUCUCUUUCUGUUCACUCUUUCCCAUGGGUAUUUUUCCUUCCUAUUCUUCUCUCUCUCUCACUCUCUCGCUCUCUUGUACAAUAGCUGUUUUUUCCAGUUUCCCAAAGGGAUCUUCCUGUAGCUAAAAUAUACUAUAUAUAGAUGUUAAUUUACUGAAAUAAAGUAUGUGUAACAGUUACAUUCUUCUUUGGCUA